AUGCUCGGUUUCAGCGUUCUACCGCCUCCGCCGCGAUACCCAGGCGUCGGCGGCUAUGGAGCCGCAGGUCUAGGUGGCAUUGUGCCACUUGUCGAAACAAACAACACAAUCGAGAAGCCGACAGGCCCAGAAUGGCAGUUUCUCGUCGGAGAGGGCACCUACGUCCUCAGAGAAGACCUCGCUUUGGCUACACCUCCUCCACACCCUUCCGAAGCCCCCAUCGUGAACCCGAAUCCGCUAGCGACCAAUCCAAAGCCUGCCAGCUCAGGAACAAAAUUGUCUCUCGUCAACCUCCACCCCAAACCGCCGCCAUUCGUCUAUGGAGGAGCCGCGGCUUCGUCGUUUGGCGGACUGGCAACACUGGAUGGAGCCAACGAUCUUCGAUACUCUACGGAGGGCGGUAUGAGCAGUGAAGACGGCCGAGCUACGUCCAACAGCGACGCACAAGGCCCGCGAGUCGCUUUGGGUUCUGCUGCACCAGUAUUUGGCCAAGGCAAUGCGGCCCUGACGAUCGCCGUCACCAAAGACGUGAACAAGAGAAAGAAGCCGAAGAACAAUGUCACAAAGAGCAACUCGUCAUUCAUUUCUAGAGUCAUUGUCCAUGACAGCCUAAGUCGCCGGCUGACGGACCGUCCGAGCGACGGCAUCUUUGCCUUUGCCAACAUCAAUCGGGCGUUCCAAUGGCUCGACAUGUCCUCAUCCAACAAGCAAGAUUACCUUGUAAAAAUUCUCUUCACAAAAGCUCACUGCUUGUGCCACGAUGUGAACCUAGCUACCAAAGGCGCUUCCCACCUCGAUGUUGUCAUGGGCUUUUCCACUGGAGAGAUAAUCUGGCUAGAACCCAUCGCACAGCGCUACACCCGGUUGAAUAAGAACGGCGUCAUCAACAAUACGCCCGUGGCACACGUGAAGUGGCUUCCCGGAUCCGAGAACCUCUUUCUCGCAGCACACAUGGAUGGCUCGUUGAUUGUAUAUGACAAAGAGAAAGAGGAUGCGGCGUUUACACCCGAGGACGAGACUCUGUCCAACGGAGGUUCCGAUGCUGGUGACGCAACCAAUGGCAGCACGCCUGGCAUCAGUAUGCUGAUUCGCAAAUCGGUGCACUCCAAGAACCAGAAGAUGAACCCAGUAGCAGCCUGGAAGCUAUCGAACCAGCGCAUACACGCCUUUUCUUUUUCGCCCGAUCAUAGACACUUGGCUGUUGUGUCUGAGGAUGGAACUCUGAGAAUAAUCGACUACCUCAAGGAAGAGAUGCUCGAUCUGUUCUUUUCUUACUAUGGCGGUUUCUCCUGCGUGGCGUGGACGCCAGAUGGCAAAUACGUCUUGACCGGUGGACAGGACGACCUCAUUUCGAUAUGGUCCAUGGCAGAUACCGCAUUGGUUGCGCGAUGCCAAGGGCACGAAUCGUGGGUCGCUGCACUGGCGUUUGAUCCAUGGCGCUGUGACGACCGCAGCUACCGCUUCGGUAGUGUCGGCGAAGACGGGCGCCUAUGCUUAUGGGAUUUCUCGGCAGUGAUGUUACACCGUCCCCAGCCUCGGCGACACAGGAGCUCGAUCUCGUCAAAUGCUGGCCUGCCAGAGCGAAUCAACAGCUACGACAGCGACGGGGGCUCCGGAAUUGCGCAUGCUGUCGAACCGAGAGCACGCAUUCCCAUGCUCCCCCCCGUCAUGACCAAGGUCAUUGACAAACAUCCGCUCAGCUGGCUCGAGUUUACCGAGGAUGCCAUCAUCACCAGCUGCAAGAAUGGCCACAUUAGGACGUGGAACAGACCAGGCAUGGGAGCCGCAGUAGAGCCCAAGCCGUCAGACGCGGCCUCGUAG